AUGACCUUAAACGUUUCAUUGACAGCCGUCGCCUUCAAACAUGUUUUACGACGAUACAUAGACGAUAGCGAACAGCUGACGUCCCUGCGAGGUCGUUGCCGUGAGUUCUUUCGGAAUAGUCCACGACGUAUGACGCCGUGUCCUUUGAAGGGAGACCUCACACGGGCUUCCCAGACGUCCAGAACUUUACGGACUUCGGGAUCAAAGUGA